UCGGAGGAUUCGGGAAUUAAACACCCCGGCAAAAAGGGGAAAAAAAUGGACUCAAGAAAAAGAAAGCAGAAGGAAGAGGAGUCAGAUUCUGAUUCAGAAUCUGAAUCUGAAUCAAGUGACGAGAGCGAAGAAUCAUCUCCUGCGGAGAAGGAGAAGGAAAAGAAAGAAACAAAAACAACUCCAAAAGAAACACCACAAAAAAAGAAAAAAGUAGUUGUGGAGGAUUCACCUCCUGAAGAAGAUCAAUACUUUGACGGUGAGACAUAUGAAAUAUCGAGUGACGAACUCGAUGAAUGGCUAGGGGAAAACGUUCGUAAAUCUGCUGCAGAGGGGGACAACCAGGCUGACCUGCGAUCGACAGAAGGUCGCUAUGUGUCCUCUGAAACACUACCGGCUGUCAACUUGGGAAGUGAUGAUACUUCCUCUCAGAGACGCACAGAACAGAGCAGUGUAAACCAGCCAUCUCAGAGCAUGUUGACUCUGGAUGAUUCGAAUGUGAUGGUUGUUAGGGAACAAACGCCGUCGGAAGCGCUUGCAAUAGUCCCGAUCCAAUUUUUUGUGCCGCCAUCCCAGCAAACAACCACUGAGACAGAUUCCGAACCAACCCCUAUGCUACAGAUUGAAGGGGCUAGAGAAACCACUCCUGAAACCCCCAAACAACAUCAAGAAACAACACCCAAGCUUCCCCCAGCUCCAACAAAAAUUCAUCCAGACGCCGAGGAAGCUGCUGCCCUGUUGAUGAUGGCACGGACAGCAAGCUAUGUUCCUAAAACAGAUCUGCCGAUGCCAUCAUUCAGCCUUGGAUUGACAGAUUCAAGCCAGGAGGGGGCGUCGACGCAGGAGACAGAAAGGGAAAAAUCUCCAGAAGCUGCAACUAUGCUGGAACAAUUGGACAGUUUGGUCCAAAAGUUAGCAAGCAGUACGUCAAAGGGAAAAGACGAAAGUCCGCAAAUUCGGAGGGAGACUGGGGGACAAAGUUCUGCUAAGAUUGAAACACCGGGGGGAACAAAUCAAUUUCCGGAUGAUAUGAAAGAAAAGUGCUACAUCUGGGGGACGAGAGUGAAGGAGGAUGCAAAGGGCAAUACUAACGAGUUUGAGGAGAUAUGCACUCUGACUGGCCAAGGACAGUACAUUUUGAUGAGAACGCACCUUGCAUCCCUCGAGGCAAACAGUGAUAUAGAAAGUCAGAGCAUGGCACUUUCGGAUCACCCAAAGGGGGAAUUCAUAUCUCCGAAAACAAACAAGGAAUUCAGCGUGGAAGCCUACCCCAAUUUCAUUCCCUUCAUAGAUAGAAGAAAAUUAAGUUCGCAUCCAUAUAUAAAAUAA